AUGGCUCCCCACUCCCCGCAAUCCGAACGACCACAGCAAUGGCUCUUGACCAGCACGCACCCGCAAGUGAGUGUUUUGCGGCUACGAAACUAUGUUCCUAAGCAGCCUGUAGUGAAGGUUGGCGGUCGCCGCCUCUCCCUCAAUUCAAAUACGAACAGACCUAGGCUGCGGAAGACUUCCGCCAGCGAACCUAUAGAUCCAGGGGUAACGACCCACGACCCACCCGCUGACUAUCCUCGGCCAAAUGGCCAGUCUGGUGACCACGACGGCGCCCAUCACCAUAAUGAAGAGGAGAUUCCUCGGCGUGAGAAGAGGCAAGGGCAUAACAAUACCGAAAAAGAACUGAAGAUACGCGAAAACGCCCGCAGAAAGGCAGAAAUGAACAGACCCAGCAAGGACAUUGGCUUUGGCGGGAAGGACGGCGCGAGGGGCGGCAGAAUUGCACAACCUGCGGGGAAGGGUGUGGCGAUUUGA